AGUGAAGGUGUUUCUCUCUCAGGGAUUCUGGCACCACUGGUGAAAAUACCAUCUGUCUCUACUGUCCUCUCUCAAUUCUGCACAUUCAAACUACAGAAGAGAAGAUCAUCUAUUUGCAUUCAGAAAUGCAUUUGUUUCUUAUUGCUGUUGGUCAGAGUUAGUCACUGCAAGUGCAUACAAGUUUCUCUUGACAAAGUGUAGAGUUAAAGUUGCAAAAGGUUAGUCUUGUGAGAGAAACAAAAUAACAGGGCAUGUACCGACAAGAUAAGAGGGCGGGCAGAUAAUGCUACCUGCCAGAAUAUCAACGUUCUGAUUGGCUGGUGACAACGUCACUCAUUUUGAAGUCCUGUUCGCAGCCAGGAAAGCACUUAGCACAAGUUUUGGUACUCAGCCUAGUGAGCCUUCUACCUGGCCAAGGUCUUGUCCGCGGUCCCUAGCCUACAAAAAACAACGCAGGUGACCGGAGAGGUCGUAACUGUUACUGAUCGAUGAUGGCCUCGCAGAAAGGGACGUUUGCUGGCGUUUUACUUUGUCUCGUCGUGUCCAUGACUGUAGCUUUACAGGUGUCCAUCCCUCAGCGGACCUAUGAGUUCGCCAGGGGAGACAACAUCACUAUACCAUGCAGCUUCAAACCCAAGAACUCAAUCAACAAGCUGGUCGUCAUAUCCUGGUUGGCUGAAGCAGACAAACCCGGAGAGCCAGAGGUGUCCGUCCUUACCUCCUACUCUACUGGUGACCUGGACAUCAGUGACAGGUAUGAAGGAAGAGCUUCCCUGGAGCAGGACCUAGCUAAAGGAGUAGCCAACCUGAAGCUCUCCUCCAUCGGUCUCCAGGACAACCGGCUAUUCGAGUGUCGGGUCGCCAUCCCCAAGGAUGACGAGGGUCAGCUGGCUGACACCACCAGUCUGGUGGUCCUGGUGGCUCCCUCUGUGCCUGUCUGUAAGAUCGAUGGGAAGGCAGAGUACUUCCAGGAUAUCAGUCUCACCUGUCAGUCUGAAGAGGGCUCUCCUCUUCCUACCUACAAGUGGCAGGGCUACGACGUCAGAAACAUGCCCCGAGCACCUGCACCCAGGACAACAGACAAGGAUGGUGUCCUGUCUCUCUUCAACCUCACCAUGGAAUCCUCAGGAUACUACGUCUGUACCUCCACUAAUAAGAUCCGCAGUGCCAAAUGCAACCUGACGCUGUCCGUCAUGCCACCGUCUAUGGCCCUGGGUUCAACAGCGGGUAUCAUUGGCGGCGUUGUGGUUGGUGUUCUGGUGCUGCUCAUCAUCCUCAUCUACUGCUGCUGCUGCAGAAAGAAGAAGGACAAAGCAGAGGAUUACGCUAUGGGGGUUCCAGAGGGGGAGGAGUUCCACGACGACAAACCCGUGGUGAACGGCGAGGUUCGACAGACGCGCAGCAAGGAAGGCGACGAUGAAGACCACCCACCUAAGAUCGUGGACCAUCGCGACCAGUACAAGGAACGCAGCGAGAAGGACUAUGAUGACCGCCGCAGCGACUAUGAUGACCGCCGCAGUGACUACGGUGACCGCCCACCCAAGAUCGUGGACCGUCGCGACCAGUACAAGGAACGCAGCGAGAAGGACUACGAUGACCGCCGCAGCGACUACGAUGACCGCCGCAGCGACUACGAUGACCGCCGCAGCGACUACGGUGACCGCCGCGAGCGCCACGAUGACCGCAGGGACCAGGACGACCGCUACUCUGACCGCCGUGACCGGUACGACCGUGAUCGUGUUUACGAUGAACGCAGUGACGGCGGACGGUACAGUGAUCGUUAUGAUGAGCCCUACGAUGAUCGUGACAGACCUCCCAGUGUACCGGCCAAUAAACCUGCUAAGCCUUUGUUACUGUAAUUGAAUUAUGCCAAUGUGUUUUCCCAUCUUAUGAAUUCAUAUUGUUAAUCAGAUAUAAUAAAACAGAGUAUAAGUUUACUUAGUUACAGUUCCAUUUGAAAUAAUUUGUUCAGUCAUUUAAUCAUAAUUUUACCAACAGCCUUCUAAAAAUAGAAUAGAUUAGAACCACUUAAUGUUUACCGCAACUUGUGUUUGGAAUGGUUGAAAAUAUAAUUCAUAUUAUAAACAUAGUAGCUGCUGUAGGUCAGGCUUCACAAAGGGCUAGGCUGGGCUAGGCUACCAGGCUGAACUCGGUCACAUCAAUAACAGGACGACUGUAACACAACACAGGAAAAGCCUGUAGAUCAGGGAUCAUCAAAUAGAUUCAGCCGCCGGAUGGUGUUUUUCCUUCAGCAGAAGUUCAGGGGACCGGAACAUAAUUAUAAAUCAUUUUGUAGAUGGCAAAUUGACUGCAAGAAACGGAAACGGAUGUAAUAUUUGGCAAAUCUAUAAUCAUCUAGAACCUUGCUUACAUUUGUAAACCGUCGCAUAUGUAUCGCUCUUAUGUGUGGGAAUACUGGAACUAAAUGAAAAUCACUUGGAGCUGAUUUCCUGGUGUUUGUACAGUCUUAUAUGUUCAACAAUAGCAAUUCUACAAAAUAUAUAUAUAUAUAUAUACAUAUACCCAAAAACCCCCAAAAUAUAUAUAUAUAUAUAAUAAUAAUUUUUGUGUUGAGAAAAGCUGGAGGGGCCAAAUAAAAGGGUCUGUCAGUUGGGGAACCCUGCUAGAGACCAUGCCGACUAGAGGUGGAGCGUAUCACUGUUAUCUAUGUAAAGGCCUUCAAUGUGGAGUGUCACUGUUAUCUAUGUAAAUGCCUUCAAUGUGGAGUAUCACUGUUAUCUAUGUAAAGGCCUUCAAUGUGGAGUGUCACUGUUAUCUAUGUAAAGGCCUUCAAUGUGGAGUAUCACUGUUAUCUGUGUAAAGGCCUUCAAUGUGGAGUAUCACUGUUAUCUGUGUAAAGGCCUUCAAUGUGGAGUGUCACUGUUAUCUAUGUAAAGGCCUUCAAUGUGGAGUAUCACUGUUAUCUGUGUAAAGGCCUUCAAUGUGGAGUAUCACUGUUAUCUGUGUAAAGGCCUUCAAUGUGGAGUAUCACUGUUAUCUGUGUAAAGGCCUUCAAUGUGGAGUAUCACUGUUAUCUGUGUAAAGGCCUUCAAUGUGGAGUAUCACUGUUAUCUAUGUAAAGGCCUUCAAUGUGGAGUAUCACUGUUAUCUAUGUAAAGGCCUUCAAUGUGGAGUAUCACUGUUAUCUGUGUAAAGGCCUUCAAUGUGGAGUAUCACUGUUAUCUGUGUAAAGGCCUUCAAUGUGGAGUACAGCCUAUGAUUGAAGGAAGGUGCGGCCUCAAUUCAGUUCAGUAGUCAGGAAGCGAAUUGGAAUGCUGAUUCAAAGAUUUCAAAAGUGCCAUCUAGUAUUUUCAAUUAGUAUUUUUUAAUUUUUUUAUUCUUGAAUCUGAAUUUAAAUGUGCUUUCUGUUACAAGCUGCCAUUGCCUGAAUAAGACUGUGUAUGAAUUCUCAGUGCAGCUUAUUGGAUAAUGCAUUUUUCCUCCUGCCUUAUUGUCUACUGUUGGUGUGACAGAAGAGCUUCUCACGUCAGUCUCAGGUCUUGGCUGUUUGAGAACCACAAGCUUUUUGGUGACGGUUUGUUUGUUUUAAUCAACUGUAGAUUGCUAAUACCCUCUAAUAUCAAAUGUUGGAGUUACAUUUAAUAUCAACUGUAGAUUGAUAAUACCCUGUAAUAAAUAAAGUUGUUAACCUUUUUAAUAGUUGUUUUCAUGACUUAGACGUACUGUGUUUUGUCCAUGUAUUUAGCGUCGUGAUGCUUGUUGAUGCAGUGGAGUGGCAGGUGUCUCAGGUGAGUCUUCAUUAACAUAUUCAAACCAUGACUUGUUUUUGGAGUGAGGGAGUCAAUCAGGCCUUUUUGAAAGAGAACCUGGAGACCCAUUUUAAGAACAGAGAGAAACCAGUUUCCCUCUGUGGCAUGUGCCUAGUCGUUUCCCUUCCUCAUUAUAGCCUGAGGCCAGACAACAGACUCACUUCACUAGAAGGGGCUUCAUUGGGUUCAGACCUAUUAAAUGGGUCUGUCUGAGUGAGGAGUUUUU